CCAGAGUUGAACGAGAGUCAUCUAAAAAGAUGGCCACGAAAAUCUAGUCAAUAACCAUGAAUUUUGUAGAAAUCUCGGACUAUAUUAAACAAAAAUAAUAGAGGAACCUUCCUAUUUCAGGCUUGGGAGCUUUUGAGCUCGUACAAAUGUCUUUGGAAGGUGGAAGUCGUCGUGUUUCGCGAGCUGGCGGACUGGUGGUUCGACCACAACCGAUUAGCGACAAGUCUUAUGUGGAGAGUGUGGUAAGCUUUCUACACGACGUUGUACCUCAAGUCCAGGCUGUUACUGGAAGCCAAAGAACAGAGGACAAAGAAAGAGUUUUGUGGAUGAAAUUUGAGAAGACAGAUAUUGAAGAUGAAUGUUGCCACAAGGAAAAUGAUUGCAGUACUGCUUGCCCCAUCCUUCUUGUCUUGGGCUACACAAAUGGCUUCCAAAUAUGGACAAUUCCAUCCAUUGGUGAUGCUCAUGAGGUACUGUCACUGCGUCAAGGUCCUGUCAGGCUCGUCAAGAUGGUACAAACACCAAAAAACCAAGGAAAGAAAGAUGAAUUUGCUGCCAGUAGACCACUUUUUGCCAUUUGUGAUGCUGCAAGCCCUUCACUGCCUUUUUCUACCGUCAAUUUGUGGUCCUUAACUACUGGAGAACAAGUUCAUUCCAUUGGUUUUAAGACAGAGGUUCAUGACAUCCUUAGCAAUAAAAGGUUGAUGGUUGUGGCUUUGCAGGAGAAGAUUGCAGCAUUUGAUGCUUGUUCAAUGGCUAGUCUUUUUUGUAUCAUGAGUUGUUUUCCUGCUCCAAGUCCAAACUUGAACCCACUUGCUCUUGGUGAAAGAUGGCUUGCUUAUGCUGACUGCAAGCUUGUACCUAACCAUCAAUCCUGUGGGGGGAUGUCUAGUGAUAAUGCGCAGUCAUAUGCAGCCACUGUCAUUAAUGCUGCCAAGACUUUGACAAGAGGACUUACUAUGUUUGGUGAAACGGUUGGUCGUUGGACGUCAUCGUAUCCMAAUGAGAUUGCUAAUGACCACACAACACAUAAGGGUAAAGUGGUGGUGCCAGGAAUAGUCACAAUCGUUGAUAUUCCAGCUGUUGGUUGUGGAGAGGCAAAUCGUACAUUCUGUGUCCAGGAAGACGACCAUGAAGGAAACGGAAUUGUUGCUCAUUUUCCAGCGCAUGCAGGACAGCCUGUAUCGGCGAUGGCUUUCGAUCCAAGUGGUUCUCUGCUGGUUACUGCCGACGCUCUGGGACAUAAUUUUCAUGUUUUUCAUAUCAUGGCUCAUCCUGUUUGUCCAUCACUUGGMGCUGUCCAUCAUCUUUACACGUUACACCGAGGAGACACUACAGCUACUGUCUACAAUAUAUCGUUCUCGUAUGAUAGUCGAUGGAUUGCUGUGUCUACUUUGCGUGGAACAACACAUUUAUUCGCAAUCAACCCAUACGGUGGUUCUGUCAAUGUUCGUACACAUCUUACUAGUCGCGUCGUCAAUCGAAGUAGUCGUUUUCAYACAUCUGCUGGCUUAGAUGACAUGGAAAUCCACACUACCAUCUCGUCAGGACGGAGUAGUCCUGGUAACGUGCAAACCAGCGGUGGUUCACCAAAURGUAGUCCGCACACAAGCACUUCGUUAUCAAGAGACAAYCUUACWGUUCCUGGCGCCGGUAAUAAUUGCCUUAUGAACGCCCGUCUCCCUCCCCUCCCGCACCCUUACGUUAUGUACCCCCUGUCUCAGAUAAGAACGCCAACAGGAGCUCGAUGUAGUGGUACAUGUUGCGGGGGAACAACUGCAGGAAAGUGCAAUGGCAAAUCGCCGACAGACUCGCUUGGUGUUGCUGCCAUCUUUGCAGUUUCUAGAGGAUGGUUAGGGGGUAGUGCAUCGAGAUCCGAGCCUCACCGACAGCCUGUGGUUGAUCCUUUGUUUAUACUUGAUGUCCAUGGUAACCUAACUGAGUACACCCUGGAACCCCAAGGAAUAAAAAGCACUUCUCAUGGCAACGAAUCACCGCUGGAACUAAGUGCAACAUCGAGGGCUCAAUGGUGCCUUGCUAGAUCACCUAACUGGCAGGAUAAUAAAGGUCCAUUGCAAGCGAAUCAUCCCUUAUUAGAAUGGAGGACGUCACGUAAACCACACACUAAGAAUGAAGAGCAUCUGUCGUCUACAGUGGAGGAAGCCAAGUGGAGUAAAUCACAGAAGAACGAACGAGACGAUGAAUGGCUGACUAACAUCGAAAUGGAAACGCACGCAGCACCACAUCGACGUCUAUGGAUGGGACCGCAAUUUUCAUUCAAAACAUUUCAACCCCCUGGAUCAUCACCUAAUAGCUCCUCUUUKUCCCUUAACGACCCAAAAUGUCCCUCUAGUGCAACAAUAACCCCAUAUCGUGAAGGACACCCGCUGGACUUCUACACAGAAGAACUAGAUUUACAAAGUCUCCGUCUACAGCCUGUCAAAUCUGAUCCUAUGGCUACCCCAGGAGGGGAGGAAAAUGGUUCGACGGGACCUUACCCUCUCAUUGUUGACAACGGUCCAGGAAGUUUCAGCGAGCCGUGGCCUUGUAUGAUUAAUGGAUCGGUCGAGGAUAAGGAAGGACAGUUAGUGGAAACGCUGUUAGACGCAAUGAACGACAACGCUACAAUGCCCAUCAAGGCUGAUAARAAACGUUCCUAUCCUMUYUUUGGUAAUGGUGAUCAAUUGGAAUUUCAUUCAGAUUCGCCGGGGGGUAGUGUUAAUGCUUUUGCAUCGUACAAUUCGUCUGAUCACAGCCCGAUAUUUCCACCUAAUGGUUCACCCGAGUGGUCAUAGGGAUAUCUACUCGUGUCCAUCAACCUUUAUUGGGUAUAACCAUCUCUUUACACCAUUUAAACCAUUAUACCAUAUCUAUUUUCCCAUUUCAAAUUUCGUGCUUUGUUGAAGGUCAUGUAUCGAUAGAUUUGCGGUAACCAAUUUGAUUCGAUUAUCSUUGAAAUAUAACUAAUCAUCGCUUGCGUUAUUUAGAAAUGGAGAAAAUCGUUUUUACAACCGAUUAUUAUUGGUUAAUUUUCCAGUCAUUUCUCUAUGCUUUAUUCUAGAGAGGACAAUAACCUGUAGAUAUGUUCAUAUGUUCAUGAUUUGUUGCUUGUCUUGUUUUUUKGCGUGUGCUAAAGAGUGAUAUAUAAAGAAGUAAUUUUACGUACGUACUGUUCUUCAGGAGAAAAUUUUUGUUUUCUCUCUGCAUUUCAUGAUAGAAAAAUAAAUCUUUGUAAAGACGGUUAUGCUAACGUACGAGAGCGAAGAGGUUUUUUCUAACGAUCAACACUGUAGCAGCUUGUAUGCUAGACUUCAACGACCCAUUAUUCCACUCAUAAAACCUCAYUAGAKCCUUUGGGCUUAACUACAAACCUAAACUAAAUUAUGUCAUAAUAUAUAUUGAAUUUAUUUAACUGGUUACAUAAAGCCAACCUAUUUUUCAAUACAGUUUAUACUAUUAUACAGAAGGUAGUUCUCUCACCCCUCCCCUAAAGAGAAAUAUUCAGUUUUCCUAGUCGAGGGAGUUGAGGUGUAGUACGAUUUAACUUAACCCAGAAUGUAAAAUAAACACAUGAAAAMGUUCUCAACAAAAUCACAUAAAAAUUGUAAAGAUGAAAAAAAUUAUUAUAAAAAUGCAUAUACUGAAAUUUUAUGUAAUAUUUACAGAAGAAAUAGAGUGGUUUCAUAAAACCGUGAAAUCGAUACUAGACCAAUACACUAGUCCCURGACUAUGUAAUUUGACUAUAGUAGAUGUUUCACGGGUUUUUGUUAUUAAUGCUCUGUCGAUUCUACAGUUGGAUAUUAAUUGAACUGAUGGACAAGUAUUUACAUGCGUGCUGUUAAUGUUCAGUUAGAUGCCAACUUUUAGUGAUAAACAGAACUUUGAUAUGUGGGAAAUACCAACAACAAACAAAAAGGAUUUAACGAAAAUGAAGUGUUUUACCACCAGUUUGUAUGGUUGAGUUUUAUUAAUUUUAUAGCUGUACUAUGACAAAAUUAUCAUUAAAAAUCUUGGAAUUCUU